UUCACUGUUAUUUUUCUUUUGCGUCGGGAGUUGCUUUCAGAUUUGCCGUGGUGUUCAGCAACUGGUCGUGCGACUUGGGUUUCCUCCGCAUCCCGUAUAGAAUGAAGACUCGAAAAUAGCAUGGACGCAAUUUAACCUCGAUUGUCUGCGGUAUAUCAGAGCCUGUGUCAUGGUUGCCCCGAAGUUGCAAGAGCGGCAAGAGGAUGAUCUUCCUGACAAGGAUGUUGCUAAAGAAUUCUACGCUAAAUAUGAGCCGAAAGAGAUUCUGGGAAGGGGGAUAAGUAGUACAGUGAGACGAUGCAUCAACAAGGAGACCGGCGAAGAGUUUGCUGCAAAAAUAAUUGACAUUAGCUCCGAUACCGAUGGGUCCGGGCCAACAAGUCUCUACCAGGCAACGAAAAGGGAAAUCGACGUGCUGAAGAGAGUGGCUGGUCACCCCUACAUUAUUGAGCUGCAUGAUGUGUUUGAAUCGACAACAUUCAUUUUCCUGGUGUUGGAGCUGUGUCGGCAUGGGGAACUCUUUGACUACCUCACAAGUGUUGUUGCUCUUUCAGAGAAAAAAACUAAGAGUAUUAUGAAGCAACUUUUUGAAGCUGUCGAGUUUGUACACUCAAAAGGCAUUGUGCAUCGAGACUUAAAACCAGAAAACAUCCUUUUGGAUGAUGAUUUAAAUGUCAAGGUCACUGACUUCGGCUUUGCCACCCAACUAGCAGAAAGUGAAACCUUAACAGAGCUCUGUGGUACACCUGGUUACCUGGCACCUGAGCUGCUGAAGGCAUCAAUGUAUGAAAGUUCAGAGGGUUAUGACAAGCAGGUUGACAUCUGGGCUUGUGGAGUCAUCAUGUAUACGCUGCUAGUGGGCUUCCCACCAUUCUGGCACAGGAAGCAGAUGGUAAUGCUUCGCAACAUUAUGGAAGGAAAAUAUGAGUUUUGUAGCCCAGAGUGGGAUGACAUCACUGAAGCCCCUAAAGACCUGAUCAGCAAGCUGCUGGUUGUUGAUCCAAAAAAACGCCUUACGGCCUCACAAGCUUUGGAUCAUUGCUUCUUCAAGGCUGUUAAACGUGCAUCUGUUUUCGUCACCGAAGAUGUGGCAAUGCAAAAGCGUGCCUUUAAUGCAAGAAAAACUUUUCAGUUUGGCAUCCUUUGUGUCAGAGCACUGGUGCGUAUUCGGCGGCUACGAUACACACCGGAGCCAUUGUCUUUGAAUAUUGCACGGACUAACCCGUACCGUAUCAAGACACUGCGAAAGGUGAUUGAUGGCUGUGCCUUCAGAGUUUACUGCCACUGGGUCAAGAAAGGAGAAAUGCAGAACCGUGCUGCCCUGUUCGAGAAUCACCCAAAGAUCGAGCUGCGGCAGAUGUACGAAGAGACGCAGGUGGCUGCCUGAUCAGGAGGGCUGGCCCCACCCGUUGUCCAAGCAUCUCCACAUGUUGUGUCCCCUGUCCCUGUUGCUGGGCCAUUGAAAAGGAAAUUUGACAUUGCCUAGCAAGCAUUGCAACGGCUGUUGCCCCCCCGUUUCCUUUAUCUUUAGGGAUGCUUCUAGGGUCAUUUGCAUAUGCUGCGUGUGUAUGCUCAUGCACCCGCUUUCCUAGUCAAAUGAAAGUGCAGAAUCUUUUUCUUGAAUUGAUUAACUGUACAAAAAUGAGCUGUUUUACUAACAUCAACUAUCCAUUGUGGAGGGUGCACUAGCCCCAGACACUUUUGGUGUGGAAUGACUAUAUGCUAGCUAUAAUGGCUCAUUUUGCAGUGGCACAAUCUCUUCUCUGAAUUUAAUAUCUAGCAAUGACUUCCUGUAGCGUCAUGUGAUUCUGUAAAUGGGUACCUUUAGCUUAACAUUCGAGCACUACAAUGGAAAGUCAGCUAAGCAUCUCUAUCGAAAUGUUAUUGACUCAUCAUGGUUCUGUUGUGACUAACUUGUGCUCUUGACCAUGCCCAAAGUCAAAACAUCUUGACAUGAUGUAAUUUGUCUUGUGCAUGUAAGUCGGCCCAAAUACACUGGGCGAGUGUAAAGCAGAACCUGAUGCUUUGCCCAGGAGGCAUUGCGAAAGUGACAAUUUCGGCAUCUGUAUGUGCAACGCAUCAAAAGUGAAGUGUGCAGCCUUUCUCACACGAAUGACUUUGCUCUGGGAAGUUAGCAAGAUAUUUACAUUGGAUGUGCAUCUGAUUUAUUGAGUGCUUGAGAAGCAUACGAAAUAAAUAUGUGCUCAUGAAAUUAUGCCGUA